GAGGGACUCUGUAUAAGUAUUCCAUUCAAAACCUAGUCACUGGCUACGUCUCCGUCUCACUCUCUCCGCCGGCACAUCGCUCUUGAUUUCAUCUCAUGAGGAGCCUUUGACGGGCGGAGACAAGCCGAACUCCAGCGCUGCUCGUUUGGCUUGCUCGGCUUGUUUAAACCCCUACUACUCACAGUUCAAGUGCCAAGCUCUCCAAUGAAUUCCAUCUCUGCCAAACUCUUCCACUCCCAUCUCCACCUCCUCUGCACCGCAAAUUCGGCACCUUUAUCGACAUCUAGGUUUAGGGUUUCGCCUAGGGCUACAAAGAUUUCCAAUUUGCAGCUCAAGGAGAAGUGGUUGGAUUCCCUCUCCGUGAGCCCACUGGGAGGAGACGAGGGAGUGAUUUGUGCUUCGGAGCCUCAAUGGGUUCUUGGAGUGGAUCCCGAUGUCUCUGGCGCCGUCGCACUCUUGAAACCCGAUGGUUCUGUCUCUUCGGCUCAGGUCUUUGAUACCCCAAAUGUAAAAGUACUCGUUGGGAAAAGAGUUCGAAAUCGUUUGGAUGCGAGGUCUAUCGUUCAGUUGCUUCAGAAAUUUGGUGCACCACAUGGGACCAGAGCAUAUAUCGAACAGUCAAAUCCCUUCCCGCAAGAUGGAAAGCAGGGAUGGUGGAGUGGAGGAUAUACAUAUGGAUUGUGGAUUGGUGUUCUAGUUGCAUCAGGAUUUUCAGUUGUGCCAGUGACAUCACAUGAAUGGAAAAAUCACUAUGAACUCUCUCGAAGCUCUUCUAGUAAGGAUGAUAGCAGGGAAGUUGCUUCUGCUCUGUUCCCAUCUUUGAGCCAUCAAUUAAAGAGGAAGAAAGAUCAUGGUCGAGCUGAAGCUCUUCUUAUUGCAGCAUAUGGAAGAGGCCUUAUAGAACAAAUGGACCAAGUUGAUUCUAAUGGUUCUCAUAUAUCUUCUGACCUGUUCAAUUCACUGAUCACAGAUAAGAAGGCAGUUUAAAACUUCUGAGAAAGCAUUUACUAGCUUGGCAGAAGUUUUUCUCGUUUUUCACGUCAACCAGUUCAUUUGAUUUGCUUGUUCUGCCACUUGGCUGGAAACCAAAGAGGACUGCCUGAAGAUUCUCAAGAUUAGAUUUACAACAGGCCUCUUGUAAAUGUCAUUUGAAGAUACAUUAUCCCUGUAAUUGCAGCCAUAGAAAUUUCAGGUCUCCAGAUUGGUGUCUAACUGUCUAUAUAACUUGCAUUCAGCACAUAUAUCAUUUCUUUUCCUUGUGUUGUUUUGCCUCUAAAAUUAUUGCUGAAAGCCAAUUUGCUGUGGAAUUCGAAUCAAUUCUCUCAAUUUAUGAGAAAUGGCUGAUUUGGUGUGUGUA